ACUUGAGAUAUCGCAACAACCCUUCGAUCAACGCAACGUACCAGUGGCAUUUACGCCGCGCGACACUGCACCUAGACCAUUCGCAAAUAGUCAAUUGGCGGCAAGACCGCAAGGCAGGCUCACGGUCGUCUCAACAUCUCCUCCCCAUAGCGACACAUUGCAGCAGCCAACAAUCAUGCCUGUUCCUUUCGAGACAUUGAUCCCUUACGGGAUCAUCGUUGCGAUGUUUGGUAUCACUGGCACUGGUCUAGCCGUUGUCAAGGGUAUUCAGAAUGGUGGCAAGAAGCCUCGGUACAGUCUCGACCAGUGGGACAAGCAAAUGAUGGAUCGUGACCGUCGCUUAACGGGCAACCUUAGAGGACAGACGGACAAUCCUGUCGCUCCGACCGGUUUCGAACUCAAUAACCCAUGGAGACUAGAAAAGAGGAUUUCGUAAGCUAUUCAGGCAGACGAACAAGUUGGGGGCGAUGGGCCGGGCAGAGCUUUGGUGGUUCUUCGCGAUCACUUAUGGCGGGUCUAGAAAUGCAGCCGAACAUAUCGAUUGAGAACUUGAGACUGAGAGCAAACAUCAAGUGCCACAGGGCAAUUUAUUUGUGCCAUUGCGGAUGCAGGCAAGACGUACAAGUCAAGGUUGGGCAGUAACAUAAAACCCUGGGAUCCAAUGAUUAAUGCCAUAAUCUUGUAUACACUAUUUCUUGUUAAGGUGGUUGACUGAGCUACUUGUUUCCUAUUUCCAAUCUGGGCCUGUUCUUGUUGAGACUGUCAACCAGGAGACAAGCUUGACAGUAAGCUUGGCUGGUCAUGUAACCACAUCGCUUGCACUUUCCUAGUACUUGGAGCUCGCUCAUCGUGUCCGUGAUGGAUGAGGCUUCCUUUCUCGUAGCCCCAUUCGCUUGUGUCUUGGUUUUAUUGUUUUUCGUGAAGGUGAAAUCAACUUCUGAAGCCUUCUCCACAGCGGCUUCGCUAGACUUCGCUUCGAUGACGGCGAGUUGGCUUCCCAUGCUGUGGCCCUGUUUGGAACCACAUGAUGGCACAUCGUCAUCUUCGGUUGAGCCUUGGCCUGAGCAAGCGCAGGGGUUUGAUGAUGACCCGGGAACGAGGCGUGCCAUAUCCUCCCCACUUCUGACAAUGUCGAGUAUUGCACUUGGCCUCACACGCUCGAGAUUCUUGAUCAAACUUCGGGCUGUGCCUCUGAACGCCUCUGGGCUGUAGAUACACUCGGUACUAAAGUAGUCAAGCUUCUUGUGGUGGGCAUACAAGACGAUUUCCUUCUCGUACGAGUACUUGAGAGGCUUGCUCCUCUUGACGUCACUACUGUCGUCACCCGUCAUGAUGCUUGUACUCCGGGACAGUCGCGGCAAGUCACCCCUCAAGAGGUUCAUCAAGAUUGUCUCAGCGAUAUCGUCCGCAUUGUGGCCGGUGACCAGAUGCCGAAUGCCCAGCAUUUUCGACCCUCGAUCUAAGGCUUGCCGGCGGAAAACGCCGCAGUAGGUGCAAUUGCCUUUCUUGCCCACGGUACCCACAACUUGGUCCAUCGUCCAGCCGUAUAGCUCAUCGUAGCCCACAACGGUCAGGGGCAUGUCGUACUGUAUGGCAUUUCGCUUGACAGUCUCCAGAGAAUCGUCACGGUACCCUUUGAUUCCUUCAUCAAUACUGAGAAGAAUCAGGUCAAGUCCGUAAUCGUGACGCUCGUUAAGAGUUUUGAGGACUGAUGCAAGGACAGUCGAAUCCUUGCCACCAGAUGCCCCUAUGGCCACUCUAUCACCCCUACUGAACAGCUUUGAGGACAAGAUUGUAUGAUGCACCUCAUCCUCGAACACCGAGAUGAAACACGCCUUGCAAAUUUUUUGGUGAUUCUUUGGUCUCUUAACAACAGCUCGGUCAGUGUUGCACCUGGCGCACAUGAUCGGCGCCAUCUUGCCUUUUUACUACUUGAGUGAUGACUCGACUUCGAUUUUGGUGGAAGGCCCGCUGGAUAUUUAUGACGCUGACACAACCAGGCUGAAGGUUGAGAGGGCGUGGAGAUAACUUAGAUGGCUUCGGCCCCAGUUCGACGAGGUGUUUUGGCGAGCGCAAGAGAUUGCAUUGAGACAAGGCAAAGGGUUAUUUCUCGGUAAGAUAGCCUCUAACCAAGCAUCAGUCUGCAGCCCGCAUGCCAGAAGAACCGUUUCCAGACUCUACAGACCUUAGGUAAUGCUCUGUAGU